AUGGCACCGCAACCCUCAUACACCAAGCUGACGCACUCAGCCACGUAUCCCGCAAUCAACCCAAGUCUUCCCGGCCUCUCAAACGACGGCAAGGUCAUCCUGAUCACCGGCGCAACCGGCGGCAUCGGUCGCGCUACAGCCUCAUCAUUCGCAGCCUCCGGGCCUCGCGCGCUCAUCCUCCUCGGCAGACGCCCCGAUGGCCUAGCCGAAACAGCAAAGCUCGUACGAUCCAGCCACGGGACCCUGACCGUACAGACUCACAAGGUCGACCUGUGCGAUGGCGCAGGCGUACGCCGCGCCUUCGACCAAGUAGUCGCCGAGUUUAGCGGCAUCGACAUUGUGGUUCACUGCGCUGGUGCAUUGGCCCCCGUCGUUCCAAUCCUGGAUGCGGAUCCGAACACGUUCCUCGACGGCUACAAGACUACCGUCGUGGGAACACUGACGGUGGCGCAGAGCGCUGUCCUCGCUAAUAGAAGCGCGAUCACAAAUGAAGGGGCCAAGGACAGGGAAAUCAUCUUCAUCAACCUGACCACGGCGGGUAUCCUGUUCACCCCCUUCCACGGCAUGGGUGCCUAA